CAAUAGUCAAGAUAGGAAUUCAGUUCGUUAUUAUCUUCUAUUCCGAGCCCGUGACAGUAUCAGCCAUCGGCCCUACACCUCCAUAAACUGACAUAACUUUGUAGCUGUGGUGAUUCAAUUUUUCAGUGUCUCACACAUGCUUUUACUUGCCCACGAGCCCAGCAUGGAAGGGCUUGACCAGUACCUCAAGCGACAGAUAAUAAGGCAAUGUGUGGAGAAUAUCUGUGGUAUUGCAAGAACUUUGAAAGAUGCCGCUUCUAGUUUGAUGUCAUCACAGGCUUUAUUUAUUGCGGGAACCUUUACGCAAGGGAAUCAUGCCCGAGAAGCUAUCUUGGAACUGUUAGAGUCCUGCCGAGAGCAAACCAGCUGGCCAGUUAAAUCUUUGGGAGUUGAGUUACAGCAGCUGUCACGGGCUCGGAAUAGAAGAUAAUAACGAACUGAAUUCCUAUCUUGACUAUUGUAGCCAUCAACGAGAAUAUCGAAUCUGGGAAGGAAAAAGGAGAGGAAAUCUAUCUGGCGAGUGCAGUCUCUAUAUAAGCCUUUGUGCGAUGCGGCUUGAGCCCUUGUUUGUCCAUAUUGCUUGUAUGGCAUCUUUUGGCAUGUUGGCACUGUUUGCCUGGUUGUUGAGCC